AUGGCCAGAAGAAGAGACCGUGACAAGAGACCGAAGUACAGUGAGAGUCGCUGGCCCAGAAGAAGAGACCGUGACAAGAGACCGAAAGGAGAGUCGAUGCCCAGAAGAAGAGACCGUGACAAGAGAAGUACAGUGAGAGUCGCUGGCCCAGAAGAAGAGACCGUGACAAGAGACCGAAGUACAGUGAGAGUCGCUGGCCCAGAAGAAGAGACCGUGACAAGAGAAGUACAAAGAAGAGACCGUGACAAGAGAAGUACAGUGAGAGUCGAUGGCUCAGAAGAAGAGACCGUGACAAGAGACCGAAGUACAGUGAGAGUCGAUGGCCCAGAAGAAGAGACCGUGACAAGAGACCGAAGUACAGUGAGAGUCGCUGGCCCAGAAGAAGAGACCGUGACAAAGAGUACAGGAGAGUCGUGGCCCAGAAGAAGAGACCAUGACAAGAGAAGUACAGUGAGAGUCGAUGGCUCAGAAGAAGAGACCGUGACAAGAGACCGAAUUACAGUGAGAGUCGAUGGCCCAGAAGAAGAGACCGUGACAAGAGACCGAAGUACAGUGAGAGUCGAUGGCCCAGAAGAAGAGACCGUGACAAGACCGAAGUACAGUGAGAGUCGAUGGCCCAGAAGAAGAGACCGUGACAAGAGAAGUACAGUGAGAGUCGAUGGCCCAUUUUUGUUGACGCUAGAUUUGUUGUUGGUCAUUGAUUGA